AUGAUGGAUUCGACAUUUGUGCUACUGGCGACAUUAAUGCUAACAACCAUGAUUGUGGAGACGUCAUCGGUGGUCUAUGAACCGAAAACUUUGGUGAACUCUUACUGUCCUGAGGUUACUAGCAGCAUGUUGAAAGACGGAUUGGACUAUGCUGCCACUGUGUAUCGCUACGAUCUCAUCAAGCCUGCCGAAAUAGAGCUCACUAGCAUGCAGGCUCUUCUCAUAUCUUUGCUCAACUGUUUAAGAACUCGAGACAACGAAUCUUGCACCAUCCUUGCUGAUUGCUCUAGUCGCAUAAAGCAACUGCGCUCCAGGUAUGUCGGACUCUGGCUGAGGGAGGACUUCCGGUUUCCAGACGAAGACAUGAAUAUAGCAAUGAAUCGCCUGGACUCGCUGGUUGGUGCUGGAGAACUGGUCCUGCACUCAAAUGUGUUGUCGGUUUUUUCUUCACUUGCUGAUAGCUAUGGCAUCAGUCUACAAUCGAAAAAAAAAAGUGGAAAUUUGAUGCUUGAACUAGAAUAUGCAGUGGCUAACAACAUUGCUUGUGAAAUUAUUGCACUAGUUAAUGAAGGAGGAAACAUCAAUGGGUUAACUCAGUCCGGGGAAAGCCUUGUACAUUUGGCCGUGAGGAGAGGAAGUACUUCUUCUAUUGCCGUACUUGGGUUCCUGAAGGCAGAUUUUGACGUUCUCAACGCUGCUGGAGCAACCCCUAUGGAAGAAGCUAUUAACAUGAACAGCGUUCCAUCUAUCAAGGAACUGAUAUUGGCUGGUGCUAAAAUUAAGAAGCAGUUGCUCGAAGGUAACUCUUACCUCCAUAUUGCAGCUACUUCUUGCAAGAAUGAAGCAUUGCGGGCCUUACUUGAGGCAGGACUUGAACCCGACGUAAGGAACCACCUGGGAAAUACUUCAUUGCAGCUAGCUGUCAAAGUAGAAAAUGUUAAUGGGACGGAAAUCCUACUAGAAAGAUACGCUAAUAGGUCUUCUUUGAUAUCAGAAGAAGAAAAGAGUCUUCUGCAUAUAACCGUUGUGUCAUCGAAUGUUGAUAUGUUUAAAGCAUUUAUAAAAUGUAGGAAUUUGUUAGAUCUCAGAUUCGAAAAUAAUGACACAAUAGUUCACUUGAUAGUUCGUUCAAAUAAUUCAAUUGAAAUGCUCAAAGUACUGAGAGGUCAAACAACGCCAUUAAACAUCCGGAACGAUGAUGGUCUCGCGCCUUUGCAUAUAGCUACUGAUCCAUCAGUUGUUGAGACACUGCUAGAGAUGGGUGUUGAUGUCAAUAUUACUACAAGAAAAGGAAAAACAGCUCUCCAUAUAGCUUCGUCCAAAGGAUAUCUGAAUGUCGUAAAAGUUCUAGUACAACAUGGUGCAGGAGUUGACAUACAAGACGACCAAAAUGAAACAGCUCUGAUGGCUGCUACGAAAUCAAAGAUGAAUAUUGUAGUUAUUUUUCUAUUGUAUAGUGGUGCAGAUCUAACAAUAAAGAAUAAUCAAGGUCGUACAGCGCUACACUAUGCCUCUAAAGAAGGCUGCAUUGACUGUGCAUUAACGUUGUUGGACAACGGAGGAAAAGUAGAUGAAAGAGACACAGAUAAAUUCACUUCUCUACAUCUUGCAGCACGAAGAGGACGAAUGGGUGUGGUGACUUUACUGUUGGAACGUGGAGCUGAUCUAACAGCUAAGUCAGGAUCAGGAAUGACACCACUAAUGGAAGCAUCUUUUAAUGGCCACUUGGAUGUAGUGAAGCUUCUUAUUGACCGAGGAGCGUCUAUCAACGAUAAGGAGGACGGAUGGACUGCCCUACAUUAUGCUGCACAAGAAGGUGAAGUAGACGUUGUGACUUUACUGUUGGAUCGUGGAGCCUCCAUGAACGAUAAAAAUAAUGAUGGAUCAACGGCAGUACAUCUUGCAGCACGAGGAGGGAAUAUGGGAGUGAUGACUUUACUGUUGGAACGCGGCGCUGAUCUAUUAGCUAAGUCGGAUUCAGGACUGACACCUCUAAUGGAAGCAUCUUAUUAUGGCCAUUCGGAUGUAGUGAAGCUUCUUAUUGACCGAGGAGUGCCUAUCAACGAUAUGGACAAAGACGGAUGGACUGCCCUAUAUUACGCAGCACAAGGAGGUAAAGUAGAUGUUGUGACUUUACUGUUGGAUCGUGGAGCCUCUAUCAACGAUAAAAAUAAUGAUGGAUCAACGCCAGUACAUCUUGCAGCACGAGGAGGGAAUAUGGGCGUGAUGACUUUACUGUUGGAACGCGGCGCUGAUCUAUUAGCUAAGUCGGAUUCAGGACUGACACCUCUAAUGGAAGCAUCUUAUUAUGGCUAUUCGGAUGUAGUGAAGCUUCUUAUUGACCGAGGAGCGCCUAUCAACGAUAUGGACAAAGACGGAUGGACUGCCCUACAUUACGCAGCACAAGGAGGUAAAGUAGACGUUGUGACUUUACUGUUGGAUCGUGGAGCCUCUAUCGACGAUAAAAAUAAUGAUGGAUCAACGCCAGUACAUCUUGCUGCACGAGGAGAGAAUAUGGGCGUGGUGACUUUACUGUUGGAUCGUGGAGCAAAUCUUACAGCUAAAUCAUAUUCAGGAAUGACACCUUUAAUGGAAGCAUCUUAUUAUGGCUAUUCAAAUGUUGUGAAGCUUCUUAUUGACCAAGGAGCGGCUAUCAACGAUAAGAAUGAGAACGGAACGACUGCACUACAUUAUGCAGCACAAGAAGGGAAAGUAGACAUUGUGACUUUACUGUUGGAUCGUGGAGCAAAUCUUACAGCUAAAUCAGAUUCAGGAAUAACACCUUUAAUGGAAGCAUCUUAUUAUGGCUAUUCGGAUGUAGUGAAGCUUCUUAUUGACCGAGGAGCGCCUAUAAACGAUAAGAAUGAAAACGGAACGACUGCACUACAUUAUGCAGCACAAGAAGGGAAAGUAGACGUUGUGACUUUACUGUUGGAUCGUGGAGCCUCUAUCAACGAUAAAAAUAAUGAUGGAUCAACGCCAGUACAUCUUGCAGCACGAGGAGAGAAUAUGGGCGUGGUGACUUUACUGUUGGAUCGUGGAGCAAAUCUUACAGCUAAAUCAUAUUCAGGAAUGACACCUUUAAUGGAAGCAUCUUAUUAUGGCUAUUCAAAUGUUGUGAAGCUUCUUAUUGACCAAGGAGCGGCUAUCAACGAUAAGAAUGAGAACGGAACGACUGCACUACAUUAUGCAGCACAAGAAGGGAAAGUAGACAUUGUGACUUUACUGUUGGAUCGUGGAGCAAAUCUUACAGCUAAAUCAGGUUCAGGCAGAACACCAUUAAUGAUAGCAUCUGAAAACAGCCAAAUAGAUCUAGUGAAGCUUCUAAUAGACCGAAGAGCGCCUAUCAAUGAUAUGGACAAGGAUGGAUGGACUGCAUUACGAUAUUCAAAGAAUUUUGGCAAAAAAGAGUUAAGUGAAUACCUUGAAUCAAAAGGUGGGAUUGAGUAA